UCUGGGUGUUGCUAAAGUAAUAGUAAUAAUUAUAAUGCUAACAAAUUCUUUGCAAGUAUUCUAAUUGGGCUAAGGUGAGUGGGAACAUGCCCAUUUCAUUCCGGAACAUGGCACAGGUUUAACAAAAGUGGUGUUACCUGAGGGUAAAACCAGCUACUUAAUGAAGUUGUGUUUUACAUUAAUGAGUUUACAGAACAAGCCCUGCGGUGAGUCUGGCCUUGGGCUUGCCCUGUAAGCAAUUUUAAUGCGGAAGAUCAAUAAUUAAAUUGUUCUUUCUGUCCUCCUGCCACCCAUCCCACUCCCUCUUGGCCUGCUGCCAGGGGCUUUGGCUGCUGUGUUCUGCAGAGAUCCGCCCCUACGAAUGGCUAAGAAGAAACUGUUAAGUGUCUCCCUGAACUGUACAUGGGCUGGGCCCUCUUUUUUUUUUUUUAUUUGCAAGGUGAGUCAGACUGAAGGCAAGUUCUCUUAUUCCUGUCUAGAGUGAUUCAGGCAGAGGAGGUGAUAAAAAGCACCUGGAACAAGAAACGGAGGCCCGGGUGGAAUUGUCCGCAGCUGCACGUCCACCACCACACAGCUUUGUCCCUUGAUCUUGAGGCUUUUGCUUGGAAGAGUUGGAUCUGAGCACUUUCUGGACAACACAGCCCUCCGAACUUCCCUGGAAUGCCUCAGCACUGGCUGGUGACUGUCAGCUGCCUGGCAAUCACUCUCCUCCUCCCGUCAGCUGUUGGCAUUCAAAGAAGAGAAGCCUGCCAUUGCAAUGGGAAAUCCAGGCAGUGCAUGUUCGACAUGGAGCUGCUCAGACGAACAGGAAAUGGAUACCGGUGCCUCAACUGUGCCGAAAACACAGAGGGAAAUAAUUGUGAGUGGUGUAAGGAGGGCUUCUAUCGCCAGGAACCUCGAGGACGUUGUGUAUCCUGCAGCUGCAACCCCAAAGGUUCUUUCAGUGUACAGUGUGAUAACCAGGGACGGUGCCGCUGCAAACCUGGUGUGACAGGUGAUAAAUGUGACCGAUGCCAGGACAAUUUCCAUUCCUUCUCAGAAUCUGGCUGCAGAGCUGCUGGGCAAAUACAGAAUUGUGAUUGUGAUCCAGCUGGCAGCACGGGCCAGUGUGUUUCAGGACGUUGCAUCUGCAAGGCAGCUGUUGAAGGAGAGCGAUGUAGCAGUUGCAAGCAGGGAUAUUACAACCUAGAUGCAGGAAACCCAGAGGGCUGUUCUCGAUGCUUCUGUCAUGGGCACUCAACAACAUGUUCCAGUGCAGAAAAUUAUAGCAUCCAUAAAAUCACCUCCACCUUCGAGCAAGGUGAUGAAGGAUGGCAAGCUCAAGGAAAUGGGUCUCCUUUGCAGCUCCAGUGGUCUUCACAUUAUAAAGAAGUUUAUGUGGCAGCAAGAAGGCCAGAUCCUAUCUAUUUCAUGGCUCCAGCCAGGUUCCUUGGGAACCAUCAACUGAGUUACAGCCAGAAGCUGUCUUUUGAUUAUCGUGUGAACCGACCUGGACGUCACCCUUCACAGCAUGAUGUAAUAUUGGAAGGAGCUGGUUUAAGAAUCACUGCCCCACUCAUGCCUAAUGGAAGGAUGUUGCCUUGUAAAGCCAGCAGGACCUAUACAUUCAGGCUGGAUGAGCACCCAGGCAGCAACUGGAGCCCUCGGCUGAGCGGCAAAGAGUAUCGCCAGUUAAUUGGGAACCUGACAGCUCUUCGGAUCAGAGCCACUUAUGGAGACAGCACAGGGUACCUCAGUAAUGUCCUUUUGGAUUCGGCGCAACCAACCUCUGGCACUCCAGCAUCCUGGGUGGAGCAAUGUGUCUGUCCAGUUGGCUACCAGGGGCAGUUCUGUGAGAAAUGUGCCCCAGGGUACAAGAGAGAGGACCCUGCUGGACUCGGUGCUCUCAGCAACUGUGUGCUCUGCAACUGCCAGGGAGGAGGAAUCUGUGACCCAGAUACUGGAGAAUGCUAUUCUGGAGAUGAAAGCAGUGCCACCUGCCCAACUGGUUUUUACAGCUUCCCCUGGAGCCCACAGAGCUGCCAGCCAUGCCCGUGCCAAGGUGGCCAAGGCUGUUCGGUGCUGCCAGGGACACAGGAAGUCAUUUGCAGUCAUUGCCUUCCAGGAGCCGGAGGCUCUCACUGUGAGUUUUGUACCGAUGGCUAUUUUGGCGAUCCCUUGGGUCAGAACGGCCAGGCACGUCCCUGCCAACCAUGCCAGUGUAGCAGUGCUGACCCAAAUGCUUCUGGGAUUUGCAACCACUUGACGGGAGAGUGCAAGUGCAAGGACGGAUUCUUUGGAAAUCCUUCAUCCAUCAACUCAGCAGAGAAAUGCCGAGCUUGCAAUUGCAAUUCUGCGAGUUCUGAGCCAUCACGGUGCCACAGUGAUGGGAGCUGCAUUUGCAAGCCAGGGUUUGAAGGGCGGAGCUGCGAACACAUCCGUUGCCCAGCCUGCUACAACCAAGUGAAGACUCAGGUAGACCAGUACCUCCAGCAACUGCAGGGCCUUGAAGUGCUGGUCUCUCAGGUUCUUACUGGUGGAGAGUCAAGAGAUGACGCAGAGCUGGAGAGGAAAAUGAGAGAGGCAGAGGAGAUGCUCCAGCAAGUUCUGAGGGAGGCCCAGAGCUUACAAGCUUCUGACAGGUCCUUGGGGAGCCGCCUGUCCAAGAUGAAAGUUCAAGAGUCCGCCUACCGGACCCGGUUGGAGGAGAUCACGGAGACUGCCAACAGGUUGCAGUCUUUGGGUGGUCAGUACCAGAACCAGGCAGAAAAUGCCAGGAAGCUUGUUGUGAGAGCUCGCUUGGAUUUGGAGCAGAGCAAGGCAAAGAUGGGAAGCGUGAUUAUUCCAUCUUUAGACCUCCCUGGAGGGUCAAACCAAUUUUUAAUCCUGGCACAAGAAGCCAUGAAGUUGGCAAACAGGCACAUGCAGCUGGCAGAUACUAUUGAGCUAGCAGCCAGGGCAGCGGCAGAGGCCUCAGAGCAGGCACUGGGAUUGCUGCAGUCAUCUGCGAGUGGAGGAGACAUCCUGGUGAACUCUGUGCCAGGGCUCCACAAAAAAUAUGAUGAGGUAAAGUUGCUCUCAAGCAAACUGGAGGCUGAUGCUGGCAAAGCUGCAUCUGAUGCUGACAGGGUCUACCAGAGUAGUCAGAUGGUGCUUGACUCUCUGGCUCGCUUACCAAAGGUCGACACAAGCUUCUUUCAGGAGGAAGCCGGUCAGCUCCGGACGAAAGCAGAGUCUUUAACUGGCUUAGCGGGAAUGUACAUUGCAGAAUACAAGCAGCUCCAAGGCAACACGGAGCGUUGGGAGGAAGAGAUCAAAGAGCUCUUGCAAAAAGGACAGAACGACAGACUGGUGUCUGUCCAACUGCUGUCUCGUGCCAACCUUGCCAAGAGUAAAGCUCAGCAGGCACUGAGUGCUGGCAAUGCCACAUUUGAUGAAGUGGACAGCAUCUUGAAGAAUCUCAAGGGGUUCGAUCUUCAAGUAGGGAACAAGCGAAAAGAAGCUGAAGAUGCCAUGCAAAGGCUCCCGUUCAUCAGCAACAUGGUCACCAGAGCCAGUGAGAAGACAAGCAUCGCAGAAGCAGCCCUGGGCACUGCAGCUACAGAAGCAGAGGCAGCCCUGAGAAUGGCUGGGGAAGCAAAGGAGAUUGCGGGGGACAUCGACCAGGAGAUAGGAAGGCUGGCCAUGGAAGCAAACAGGACAGCAGAUGGAGUAUUAGUCCUGGAGAAAGGAAUCAUUUCUUUGCGGGAUGAGGCUAGACGUGUGGAGAGCGAGUUACAAAGGAAGGAGCUGGAGGUUGGCAUGGAUACAACCAGAGCUCAGGAAGUUGGUCAGGCGUCACAGGGUGCCCGGGCAGAUGCCACUGGUGCUGGGAGCGCAGUCGAAGAAGUCCUCCGUGCCUUGGAUGAUGUUUUGCGCACGAUGGACCAGCCUGAGUUUGCGGAUGAGCAAGGUGUGAUCAUGCUUGAAACCAACCUAAGUAAAGUCAGAACAAGAAACAACCAGUUGAAAGAACUGAUGGCGCAACUGGAGGAAACAGCCAGGCGUCAGAAACUUCGGAUUCAGACACUGGAAUGGAGCAUUACUGAGAUCCUUGAUGAUAUCAAGAACCUGGAGGAAAUCCGGGAUAGUCUUCCCCCAAGUUGCUACAACAUACCACCCAUUGAGAAACCCUGAAGCCUUUGGAAGCUGGGACAGAAGACUUCCGUGUACUCUGCCAGAUCUCGGAUACACAAAGCAUCAGAGUUAGGCAAACGGUUUUGAGUGCUUCAAAAGAUCCAAGCCUCUCAGGACUCAAAAAGCCACAUGUGACUGCUGAAUAGAUCUUUUUUAAGUU